CAAGACGGGCAAGAGCAGGCGACUAUCAUUUGUUGGGUUGGGGAAGUCGUGGGCGGCGGCCGGUCCUGGUAAAGGGAGGUAUGGCUGCGACACGGAGACUUCAAAAGGAACUGCAAGAUAUUCAGAAGUCAGGUAUAAGGUCUUUCAGGGACAUCCAUGUGGAUGAAAGCAAUAUUCUGAUAUGGCAAGGACUGAUUGUACCUGAAAGCCCACCGUACAACAAAGGUGCCUUCCGGAUAGAGAUAAACUUUCCGGCCGAGUACCCGUUCAAGCCUCCCAAGGUCGUGUUCAAGACCAAGAUUUACCACCCGAACAUCGACGAACGGGGCCAGGUGUGCCUGCCUAUUAUCUCCGCCGAGAACUGGAAGCCGGCCACCAAAACGGACCAAGUGAUCCAGGCGCUGGUGGCGCUGGUGAACGACCCGGAGCCGGAGCACCCGCUGCGCGCCGACCUGGCCGAGGAGUACAGCAAGGACAAGAAGAAGUUCAUGAAGAACGCCGAGGACUUUACCAAGAAGAACUCGGAAAAGCGGCCAGCCGACUAAUGGGGAUGGCAGGCAGGCCGCGCAUGCGCCGUGGCGUCGGCGCCGCCCUGGCGCCAGCCGCCGUCCCACCUAGCGCUGUUUGAACAAUCAGCUGCCUGUGCCGUCUCCGUUCGCCGCCUCUCGUCUCACCACGUACCCGCGCGCGCUGCUCGCUUCGCUAGUCCGGCCUCACCGUCCUUGCCCCCCCCCCCCUCCCUCCCAUUGGCCGGCGGGCGGACCCUGUCCCCCUACCUCCUUGUGAUAAGGCCGGCGCCGCGGCCCGGGCCGCCCGCCGAGGUCUGCCGCGCGCGCCACUCAGAGCCGGG